AUGACCUCGACCGAGGAGAUUGACAACACCAUCACGCGGCCCGGCAGCGUCAAGAUCAAUGUCCAGGGCGCCUUCAUCGUCGACCCGGAUGCCGCAACGCCGGCGCAGAACGGCAGCGACAACGGCAGAGUCAGUCCGUCGCAUCACGAGACGAGCGAUAUCCGCCUGCCAAACCACACGGCCAUUGUCAGCCACAUCGCAGUAGAUAUUGGCGGCUCUCUUGUCAAACUCGUCUACUUUUCUCGCGAAGUCGACUCGACGGAUCCCGGCGGCCGCCUCAACUUCCAAUACUUCGAGACCGAUCGCAUUGACGACUGCAUUGAGUUUAUGAAGCUGCUGCGUGACAAGCACCAGGCGCUGAACGGGUCGCGGUCGCAACAGCUAUGCGUCAUGGCUACUGGCGGCGGCGCAUACAAAUUCUAUGACACAAUCCGAGACGCAUUGGAGGUUGAGGUAUUGCGGGAAGACGAGAUGGAAUGCUUAAUAGCCGGCCUCGACUUCUUCAUCACCGAAAUCCCCCGCGAAGUCUUCACCUACUCCGAAACAGACCCCAUGCAUUUCGUCAGCCCCCGCGAGAUCAUCUACCCAUAUCUGCUCGUCAACAUUGGCUCCGGAGUUUCAAUGCUCAAGGUCACUGGCCCUCGGUCGUCCCAGCGUGUCGGCGGCACUUCGCUCGGUGGUGGUACCCUCUGGGGCCUCCUCUCCCUCUUGACGGGGGCUCGGUCGUUUGACGACAUGCUGGCCGAGGCUGAAUAUGGCGACAACACCAAGGUUGACAUGAUGGUUGGUGACAUCUAUGGCGCCGACUAUGGCAAAAUCGGCCUCAAGAGCACAGCCAUUGCGUCUUCCUUUGGUAAAGUAUUCCGCAUGAAGCUGCAAGCCGAGGCCGCAGAAGCAAAAGCUGCCGACGGCCCAGUGCAUGACGGAGAGAGCCACAAUGGGCAGGAUGAAGACAGCUCUCCCUUUUCCUCAGCCGACAUAUCGAGGUCGCUGCUGUAUGCCGUGUCCAACAACAUUGGCCAAAUCGCCUAUCUGCAGUCCCAAAUCCACAACCUCUCUGACAUUUACUUUGGCGGCUCCUUUAUCAGGGGACAUCGUCAGACCAUGAACACGCUCAGCUACGCCAUCAAAUUCUGGAGCAAAGGCGAGAAGCAGGCAUAUUUCCUGCGCCAUGAGGGAUACCUAGGCGCCGUGGGGGCUUUCCUCAAGAGGCAACCCGCAAACUGGGGCCGCAGGGGAAGCCUCGAAGGCCUUGACGACGUCCAAGAAUGGCGAAAGGCUCUGAAGACAGAACCAUAA